AAAAUAAUAUCGAAAUUUUAGGCAUACCCGUGUAAAUUCGUCACAAGUGACGUCAAAGUUGAAAGGAAACUAAAAUAGAUUGAGUCUGUAGCUUAAAGAAAAAGACGACUUCUUUAAUGCCUCCUAAGUUGUGAAUCUGAAAACUUUCUUCUCUCUCAACUAUAAGUGGAAGCUAUCAUAUGAGUAUAGACCAUUAAUUCUUUCAAUUCUAACCACAUUUAAACUAAGGGUAAGACGAAUUCCAACAUGUCCACACUACAAUCCCACCUCCUCGCCUAUCCCUUCCCAUCAUCAGGUCACGUGAUCCCCCUCAUCGACUUUACCAAAAAUCUAGUCACUCGCGGCGUACACGUCACCAUUUUAGUAACUCCAUCAACCCAAAACCUAGUCCCCACCAACUUUUCCCCUCUUCUCCAAACCCUCCUUCUUCCCGCACCUCAAUUCCCAAACCCAAACCAAAACUGGCUCGUCAACGUCGUCUCUUUCAUGCGCCAAUAUCAUUACCCGAUCCUCAUUGAGUGGGCUCAGGCCCAACCUUUACCCCCUUCAGCCAUCAUCUCUGACUUCUUCCUUGGCUGGACUCACCAUCUCGCACGUGACCUCCACGUGCCACACCUAGUCUUCUCCCCUUCUGGCGCCUUCGCAUUCUCCGUCACUGUCUCCAUGUGGCGCCUCUUACCUCAAAACGACAAACCGGAGGAUCCCAAUUUAGUCGUUUCGUUACCAAACCUACCGAAUUCUCCAGUUUAUCCCUGGUGGCAAAUCUCUCACUUGUUUAGAGACAACAGAGGGGAACCAGAUUGGGAGAUCAUAAAAAACGACUUUCUUCUUAAUCUCGACGCUUGGGGCGUUGUUUUUAACUCUUUCGUUGAUUUGGAAACAGAUUACUUUGAUCACUUGAAGAAAGAACUCGGGCACGAAAGAGUAUGGACCGUAGGCCCAGUUUUGCCGCUUGAAUCCGGUCCAGAAGAAAGAGGUGGAUCCAGCACCGUCCCAUGCAACGAUCUCACCGCGUGGCUCGACGCACGCGACGACGGUUCAGUGGUUUAUGUUUGCUUCGGAAGCCGAACGUUUCUCACGACUGCACAGAUGGAAAUACUGACAAGUGCCCUGGAGUUAAGUGGGGUCCAGUUCAUAUUAUCGGUGAGAGGUCCGGAUGUGCGACACGUGGCGCAAGAUUGUAGCGGGAUACCGAGUGGCUUCGCCGAACGGGUGAGGGAUAAGGGGUUUGUGAUUGAAGGGUGGGCCCCGCAGUUGGUGAUUUUGGGCCACCGUGCAGUGGGCGCGUUUUUGACUCACUGCGGGUGGAACUCGGUGUUAGAAGGUUUGGUUUCUGGUGUGGUAAUGCUGACGUGGCCAAUGGGUGCGGAUCAAUACACGAACGCGAAGCUGUUGGUGGACCAGUUAGGUGUGGCGGUUCGAGUCGCAGAAGGGGAAGAGAAGGUUCCAGAAGCAAACGAAUUUGCGAAGAGAAUAAAAGCGUCUCUUGGAAAGACGAAGGAGAGGGUGCGGGCUGAAGAGUUAAAAGAUGCUGCCUUAGGUUCCAUCAAGAAAAGUGGAAGUUCUCAGAAGCAGUUAGAUGCAUUGGUGAAGGAGCUCAAUGAAGUUAAGAAUCACCAAUGAUGUAAGAUUUGAGUGUUUAAAAAUAAAUUGACUUACAGGUUCUUUGAGUCAAAAUUAGUCAAAAUUAAGUGAAAGGGGGAUUAGAUUCAAAAUCUUUGCAAUGUAGGAAUGAGAAAUACAAAAAUAAGGAAAGAAGUAGGGCCAUGCAUUACUACAUAUGUUGGACAGACCCGACCAAGUCAACCUGGAUCACCCAAAAAUUCGGUUUGUGUUGAAUAAAUGAGUGCGAACGGACGGUUUAAAAAAUUUGAAUUAAAUUCUUGAUUUUGCAAAAUA